GUUUAGAUCCUUCCCUCUGUUGGCACUUGGAGAGACGGGCUUCAGGGGCUGAAAUAUGGAGUGGAGUUAGAAGAGUUUCGUAUUUUAUGGGCAGUCGUCAACCUUCGCUUCUGUGUUUCACCCACACACUAUUAAAUGUUUUUUUUUUAAAUGAAUAUUUUUGUGGACACUUUGAUUUGCUCCUCUUUCAUCUAUUACUGCUUCAAACAACAAAAUGAAUGGAGGAAAAGUGGUUAAGAUGGCACGGCUGUCUUGUUUUAUGUGUUGUGUUAUUUUGUCAUUUUAUGUCAAGUAUUCUUUUGAUGGCGGUGCGGGCACCCGCAGUGGCUCCUCUUGUUGUCUGUUUAGGGAGGGAGGAAAUUUAAUAUGUGCUGUAUGCACAUUUAACAAUAAAGUUGUACUUGAUACUUGAUAUUCUUUAUAAUUUAGCAUCACACAUUCAAAUUGUUUUUUGUGUGUGUGUGUGUGUGUGUGUGAUUGAAAUUUGGUAGCAAUUGGACAUAAUCUGAAGGACAGAUGAUGUCUUUGGAGGACUCUUGGAAAUAGUCAAAAUGGGACAAAAUGGACUCGUUCAAACCAAAAUGGAAGACUUUCUGGGCCUUUUCAGCUGUGGGUUCUUGAGAUUAUUUUUUUUUGUGGCUCUACUCAUGAUAGACAAACCUACCAAAUUGCAUGUUGCUAAGUGACGCCAGCGUCGGAAGGGAUUGUAUUGCUGAGUGCAACACAAUCCGCCCCGUGUUCACAUUUUAGGCAACUGCUGUGAAGCUCGCGUCUGACGCAAUGUUUUUCUACCUGCUGAUUCUGAUAGCAUACCGCAGUAGCAGAUGGAUACCCAGGAAUCAGAGGCUUAAGUUCCAAAUUGUCAACGCUGUGUUCACGGCACUCGUGGUGUUCCCUCAGGUGUACGUCAUAGCAAGGCCUGCGUCGGCAAGGUACUGCAAGCAGCCCUUACUGAACAGCCUGGCUGCUUCCAUCGGCCUGUCCCUGGUGGCCUCAGGUUUUUCUGUGGUCUUUACGCUCAUAGAUCUAGUACCUCAGGGCUUGUGGGCGUCCUAUCACAUGUUCGGACUUCUGUCGUUUGGACACGGGCUGUGCUGCGCCAUCUUGACGCUCACUGCAACCGCAUGCGCCAGAACCACACCUGAGCUGUACCACAUGUCCCUUUUCAUCACAGUGGCAUCCAUUUUGAGCACAGGUGCACUGGCAGUCAAAGGCAGACUGUGGCUGACAAAAAGGCCGCAACAAUGAGCAAUAAAAGCAGCCCAGCUGUCUCACGUCGACAUCGGAUAGCACUCAUAUCAACGAUUCAUGCGGUUUCCAUGCCGCCGGCGAGCCGGUAACUCAAAACCAUGGGAAUGAAAGAAGAGAAAGCGAGUUAAUCCAGCUCACGUUUUAAUGCUUAGCUUCAUACAAAGCAGGUGUUUCCUUUUGCAGAUCCUUGACGUUUUGGUUCCCGUUGUAACCUGUUGAAAAUGUAACACAUAUGAUCCAAAAAGAUUUAGAGGUGAUACAGGCCAGCAGCUGUUAAAAA